AUGUCCGACUCGCCUUUCCGCCUCAAGCCCAAGCGGCUCUCUCUCGUCCCGCAAUCGCCCGCCCGACCUCGGCCGGACGACGACAUCUUCUCCCAUCUGAGCCCAAACACAGCCAUUGCAGCCUUGUGUUCGGGCAACGGGCCCUUGCGAGCCUGCCUAGACGGCGCGUCUGCUGCUGAGAGAGACCUCGCCAUGCGAGCGGCGCUUGCUUCCCAAAGAGUAUGCGAAUGGACUGACGAGCUUUCCGAAUGGAAGUGGCCCGUCGAAAACGGCUGUGCUGGCUUUGUGAAACCCCGCAGCACACUGCCAAGACUAUCGUUCCACGUCAACGCACCACACAUUGAUGAACGCGAGUAUAUCGGCUGCCUGCCUGCCCGAGACGUGGCUCUGUAUAGGCAGAGAAUUGCAGAGAUACACGGACAUGUCGACGAUUUGGCGCUGGAAGAGAUCAAGACCCAAGUCCUUACCAACCAUAUCCUCCCCCUGUCGAGACCGAAUACGCCACUGUCAAUAUCCCGCAACGGACUACCCUCCACAAAUGCUUACACCAAGAUGGAAGACCUGUCCGCAGUUGUCACGACAAUCGUCGUCCAGAUGCUCCCCAACCUCUCCAGACUCGACCAACUGCUGCGGAUAUGGAGCUGCCGCUUAGAUGUUCUGCAACGUGUCCCGCCCUUGCUCUACGCGCUCGAGGAUGCCGAGGCUGGAGUCAAGGCUGGUUGGGCCGCCAUUUCCAAGCCUCUCAGGAGGUCAGCUCAUGUCGACGGGAAAGGGGCCGUCCUCCAGAAGCCGACACUGAACCUUGCUGACUUUAACGUUAUGAACAAAGUCCUUGUCGACAAGGUCGCGGCUCCUGGCAGAGCAUUGGAUUACAUGCUUGAUACUUUGGAGGGAAUGGACGACACCCUCCCGGAUACCUGGUUGGAGCGCAUGGAGGCCGUUGAGCGCAGCUACAGCGAGUGGGUGGCUGCUUGCGAGAGGAAGAUCCGUGAAACAGAGUGGUCCAAAUCAGCACAAGGACAAACUUUCUUCACAUCACCCUCACCACAAGCGCCCAGGGAGGUCGCCGAUGGCAUGUCUUCCGAAUCGAGCGAGCUUUUCGGAAAUGAUUCUGGGAUCGCCAUCAAGUCACCGGUUUAUGACAAGUCUGAUGGUACAUUCACCAUCCCUGUCGACACGUCGCUUGCCAUCAGUGGCAAUGCACCCCAACUGCCGGCCAAUGGUGGCCUGUCCAGCCCGGGUGCCGGAAUGUCGCAGUACAAUCGAGACCAAGUCCCCAGGACACCGUCUGACCCGGGUUCCUUUGAUUCCGAACUAACGCGUGAAUCUUCCACCGAGGCCGACGAGUCGAAAUCUGUUGCUAACAAGAGUUCGUCCGUGGAGCACGACAUGUCAGGAAUUGCUAGGGCCAUGUCGCCCGUGGAUGAAGAAGAGGAAGGAGACGAAGCAGAUCUUCCUGCGCUCCAAAAUCGCACCACACGUCAUAGCAACUCUUCAGAAGACUAUUCGAUGAUGCAUGGAGAUGGACACAUGGGCCGUUUUGAUCUUCUAACGAGUGACUUGCCGGAAGUAUCCGCGUCUCCCCCAGUGCCUCGGGAUCGGAUCCGCGAGGCCCAAUUUGUUGACGACAGCCCUCCCAGCUCUCCUCCACUUCCUCUAGGCGACACGGGGGACUCUCCGUCACCGAGUGGAUUGCUCGACAGUCCUGUCAUUCUACCAGGUCCUGAAGAUGAUCGAUCAGUGUUUGACAAGACCCUCGCUGACGGCUCGUUCGUCGACGAUUUCGACGAUUCCAUGUCGGUAUCCGAAGUUGCCGGGCCCACGUAUCGACGAGAAAGCACUGGGGACAAGCAGCUGCGUCAACAGAUCAGCGAGAUCAUCGAGUCAAUACCAGCCAAAAUCAAGCUGGCCGCCGAGACCCCUGCUGUCAACCUGAACCCUCCCGACUUACAGUUGCCUCGGAUAAAGAAGGAGUCAUCCAAGGAGAUGUUUAAAAGGAGCACAUCUGGCCUGUCGUCUGGCACUGCGACGCCCUCCUUCACUCUGUCCCCGGCAAGAAACACACGUCUGCGUGCCGCUAGAGGCCAACGGGAAAUAAAGGUCUAUCAUCUAUCCCGUUCUACCGGCGAACCGCCCAUUAAGCUCUUCAUUCGAUGCGUUGGUGAGCACGGUGAGCGCGUCAUGGUCCGCGUUGGUGGCGGGUGGGCCGACCUGAGCGAGUACUUGAAGGAGUACGCCAGCCACCACGGGCGCCGGUCGGCCGGGAAAGAAAAGGCCGCCAAGAUUGAAGUCCAAGAUGUCCCGCGCGGCUCCACACCAUCUGCGCCGGGGACGGGAUCCAGCCCACCAAACCGUCCAGCCUCGGCCGCCGCCGUCUCGUCCGAGCACUCACCCGUCACGCCGCUUAAUAUUCGCAAGACGAGGAGGAGCAUUGGUGCCGCGAACAGCGAGCUGCCGAAGUUGUGGCCCAAGACGCCGGCCCCGGCGACGCAUCCUACCGAUACGCCGUCAUCAGAAGAAUCAACCCGCUCUAGACCGGGGUCUCGGCUCAGCUGGUUUGAAGACGACGGCUCUUUCCUUGGCCUUGCCGGGCCCACAGGCAAGAAGGUUGAAAUGAGCGAAGAGAACAAGGCUUGGGUAGAGAGUGUCAAGGAGAAGGUUCGCCAGGUCAGUGGUGAGAGGAGGAUACCUCCACCGGAGGAGAGGAGUCGAUUCGGCGAUUUGGGCAGAGUUGGCGGCACCAAGAGGUUGUUUCGAAAGGCGGCUGAGCUGGGGUCGCAGGGCAAGAGGUGA